AUGUUUUAAGAUUAUUGUGAUAUACCAAAUGCAAUAUCAGAAUACUAACUUUCAACCACAUCCAUAACUUUGAUUGGUAAUGCUAUUAUUGAAUUAGAUUAAUAUGGGGCAUCAAAUAUUCAUGGAUUGCCUUAGAGGAUUCGAGAGUUUAAGUGAUUAAUUCAUAUAAUAUUGAUCCACCAUAGGGUAAAGUAUUUAAUCAUCAAUACCUUAAUGCUGACACUGCAUUAAUAGGACUUACAAGUUUAGGUUAUAGUGGAUAAAUAGAAUUCUAGCUAUUGGUUAUUCAUUAUAUUUAUUGAAGAUAACCUAAAUAACAAAAGACACUGUCCCAGUUGGGAUAACUUAAGUAGCGAAAAAAAUUUAGUUAAUUUGAAAUAACAGGAUACCAGAUCUUAUUAGAAGCUUCAAGAGAUUUUAUAGAUCUUGGAUUAGUGAAAUUUAAACCUGCUUAUACCAGUAAUGCAAUAAAUUUGAAAUCGAAUAAAUGGCUCAUAUUGCCAAUUCAAGGAAUCAAAUUUAAUUAUGGAACCCAAUUGACUUUGAACCGGUAAAAAAAUUUUUGGAGCUUCAACAGGGUCCUUAUGAUUAAUCUGAAUUCACAAUUUAGAAUUUAUGUAUGUUCUAUUAACUGAUAAAAAAUUAUGCAUUAGAAUGCUUUACUUUAAGAAUCAGUUAGAAAUUAGAUAGAUCAUAAAGCAAUAGACCUAGAUUUUUGUUUAAAUACAGCAGGCAAAUUAAAUAUAUAAUGUUGUUGGAGAAUAUUCCACUAAGGUCUAUAAACCUAUUUAGAUUAUUAAUUUUGCUCUUGAAAUAAAUUGUAUUACAGGAAAACGAGUAAUAUCUAAAUUUAAUAAUUGUAAUUCUUGUUUUUCUUUUGGGAAGAAUUAUCAAUUUAAUUUAAUCAAUGUUGUCACUCUCAAAUUAAUUUAAUAAGUUAUUUUCCCAAGUUCAUUUAAAUACAAUCUGUAAAUCAAAAAGUUAAAAGAAAUAUCACAUCCACCAAGCGUUUAGUAAUAUAGAUACUUUAUAAUUAAGCAAAAACAGAAUAAGACAUCAUCAAUAUAGCAUUUUAAGAUCAUGA